CUUUUACUUACGUGUCGGCUCGUUCAGUUAUUCCUCACCAGGCGAGCAAACAUGGCUACGGUCAAACCCGUCACGGCCAGCGAGGCCCAACGUCUUCCGGCUCAUUUUGCUUGCGCCAACCAUGGAAGCCAGAAUGCAAAAGGCAAAGGCGCUUGCCCCAACAAGGCCAAGCUUGCCUGCGUUAGAUGUGGUCUAGUCGCUUACUGCGGCAAUGAAUGCAAGAAUGCCCAUGCCGCUGAUCAUAUGAAGGACUGCCAGUCCGACAUGCUCAAGCCUACUUGGGAGCCCCGUUGGAUCAAACAGAAUCGUCCACCCAACUUUAUAGGUGGCAGCACGCCUUCCAUUUCUACAUUCGGCGCAACCAAUUAUCUUUGGGGAAACGUCCCUGCCAUUGAUCUCAUUAAGCUCACAGAUAACGAGGGUGUCGGCUUCAAGCAGGAUAUUGACCUACUCUUUGCUGCCUCCGGUGACCUCCGCAAUGUCAUUCUGUCAAUCGGUCAACUGCCCGACCAGUACAAGCAGGCGGUCACUGCAGUCCUGAACGACAAAGAGUUCGAUGUGGUCGCCCGCAACGCCAUCAUGCUUCUCAUCUUGGCCACCGUCGAGGACAAGAAUGAGGCUGCCGACUGCGUCCUCCACGUCUUUUACUCUGCUUUCCUCACCAAGUCCCACAUGGAAAUCCUGACCAACAAGAUCCACCCUUUGGUUCAAGACGUAUGUGACAAGACGUCUACCAAGCUGAAAGACGCCAUUCUCGCCAAAACCUGGACCUUUGGUGGUGCCGAUGGUCGCGUCCAGGUCCGCGUGGUUCUGUCUCGCGGUCAAUGGCUCGACUUGCUUGCCAUGCUCAAGGCACCAAAGAAGCUCAAGCAGACCCGCGCAAUGGAUAUCCGUGACCGCGUGGUUAAUGCUCGUGAGCGAAUCGACUAUGUGGACCGUCAUAUCCUCUGCCAGCUGCCCAAUAUUCGUAUGGGCUUCCAAAAGUUUAGGGUUGAUGGUAUCCUCCUUCCCUUUGGCGCAUCGAGGACCGAUUUUGUCCUCCCCAACCCUACAUUCUUCUACAAGAAACACAUCUGGCCCAUGAUGGACAAUGCGGACCCCUUCGCCGGCUGGCCACUCCCAACCGUCCUCGAUUCUUGCAAAGGUCCGGCCAAGGAGGACGCGUACGGAGCUCUGUACGAGUAUGUGCUGCAGCGUACCAGCGACUGUUAUGAUCAGCUGGCCAAGAGGAAGACCUCCUUUGAGCUGUAUUGUACCGAUGCCCGCCUGUUGGGAGGCCUCAUGGGCAACAAGACGUUCGACCGCAUCGAUGUUUCUAACAUCUGCGACGCGGGCUACAUUGGCAUUGAGAACACCAUCAAGCUUCUAGGCCCCAUGCUCAAGAGCACCACGGUCAAUGAGAAAGCUACGAUUCUGGGCCUCUUCAUGAAUGCUGUACCUGAGAUGAUCAACCUCAGGGGAGACGAUUUCGAGGCUCGGACUGAGGCCUCCGGACAGAUCAGAAAGGUCAUGCAAUACAUGGACGUGUCGGUCCAAACAAUGAUGUCAUCGGCCAUGUUCCCACAGAGCGUCAAAAUGAUGGAGCUCUUGACCAUCAAGGCCGCCUCGGCCGUUAAUACUGCUUGCGAUAUGGAUGGUGCGUUUGAUGCUUACAUGGAAAUGAAAAAAUUCGACAACAUCGCCCUCAUGAACGGCUUCGAGAUCAAGAAGAAGAACACCCUCGUGGACAAGUGGCCUAUGCGUUUCCACUUUGGCGGAGUCACAGCUCGUGCCAAGAGGGACUUUGCCAGACUCACCUCCUCACACCAAACUAGCCUUGAGCGCUAUGUCGAGUGGAAGAUGACGAAGAACCCCGUUAUUGAAGAAAUCUUGUGA